AUGGCGGUUCCUGACUGUGGCGAUUUUGUCGGCGACAGUGUUGCCGUUGCUUCUUCUUCAUCAUUUUCUACAACAACUAUGUUACCAAAACCCAUGUUGGAAGAUGAUCAGUCAUUGAGAAAUGCAAUAAAAUCAGAGAAAGAUAAAGUGGGUGAAGAGAAUAAUAUGUCUCCUUUACACGACACCACUUCUUGCGGUGGAGGCGGUGGCCCUUCAUCUUCAUCAUCAUCGUCGAUGAAUACCAGAGAAAUACAGAAAGCUGCAGUAGAGGUAGAGGUAGAGGUAGAAGUAGAGGUGGAGGUAGAGGAGGAGAAAAUAAUCAAAGCACCAGCAGUGACGGUCAAAGUAGAAGACGAAGAAGAUCAUAUAGGUAGUCUCAAUGAGUUGAAGGGAGGUGGCAGUGGCGAUAUUAGCAUUAAUCACAAUGGAAUAUCGUCGUCUUCGUGUUCCUCUGUGGGUUUACCAAAACCAAUGGAGGGUUUACACGAGACAGGUCCACCUCCGUUUCUAAAGAAGACAUUUGAGAUGGUGGAGGAUUCGGAAACCGAUGAAACAGUGUCGUGGAGCAAGAAUCAUGAUAGUUUCAUUGUUUGGGACUCUCAUGAAUUCUCUAAGAAUCUACUCCCUAAGUACUUCAAGCACAGUAAUUUCUCCAGCUUCAUUCGCCAACUAAAUACCUAUGGCUUUAGAAAGAUUGAUUCGGAUAGAUGGGAGUUUGCAAAUGAAGGGUUUCACGGUGGGAAGAGGCAUUUGCUCAAGACCAUCAAGAGGAGAAGCAGGUAUAACAAACAGCAAAGGGAAAAUGUAACGCUGACUGGCAUUAAUGAUCCAACAAAACCUGGUGUGGAAGCUGAACUUGAAAAUUUGAAGGAUGAUCAAGAUGUUUUAAGGCUGGAAAUCUUGAAAAUUAGACAGCAGCAGCAGGAGUCGCAAACUCAACUGAAUGCUGUUGAAGAUCGCAUUCAAGCUGCAGAGUUCAAGCAAUUGCGGAUGUUUAUUUUCUUUACCAAAGCUGCCAAAAAUCCUGGCUUUAUUCAACAAUUAAUCCAGAAGAGAAAGCAACAAGGGAAGCUAGAUGGGAUUGAAUUUCGCAAGAUAAGACGACUGCUUCAAACCCGAGUCCCUCAAAGCUUGCCUGGUGCUUUGGAUACCAACCGAAACCAUGCUCAGGAACAAUUGACCACAAUGCAAACCGAACUUACUGAGAUUUUAACUGAGGAUGUCGAGACCUGCCAAACGUCAAAACUGUUUCCAGCUCCCAUGAGUGAUGAGUUUUGCAGUCCAAUACUUCAAGAUCAUAAUGCAAAUGUAAUGUUUGAAAUGGACACUCAAAAUAUGUCUUCUGUUUAUAAUCUUAUGUCAGAGAAGCUAUUGGAUGACAGUUCGGUGAUGGAGAAUUUGGUUGAUGAAGAGGUAGAUGUUGAUGACUCAAAACUUUACCUUGAACUGGAGGAUUUGAUUGGGAAGCCACGAAUGUGGGGUGGAUGUGCAACGGAGUUAGUGGGGAAUGCAGCUGGCUGUGUUGGAUCAAUCCCCUGA